AUGGCAUCCAAGCGGAAGGCGUCCGCAAUGAAUGCGACCGCGACGGACGAGCCAGUCGAUCCCUCAGAUGAGCUCAUGUUUCUCUGUCUCGGCGGUGGCAACGAAGUCGGACGGUCGUGUCACAUUAUUCAAUACAAGGGCAAGACGGUUAUGCUCGAUGCUGGCCAACACCCAGCCUACGAUGGCCUCGCCGCGCUUCCGUUCUACGACGACUUUGACCUCAGCACCGUAGACGUGCUCCUCAUCAGCCAUUUCCACAUUGACCAUGCGGCGUCUUUGCCAUAUGUCCUAAGCAAGACCAACUUUCGCGGCCGUGUCUUCAUGACACACCCGACCAAGGCCAUUUACAAGUGGCUGAUCCAAGACAGCGUUCGAGUUGGAAACACGGCAUCAAACUCGGCGACCCAGCUCUACACGGAGCAGGAUCAUCUCAACACGUUCCCACAGAUCGAAGCGAUUGACUAUCACACUACUCACACCAUCUCGUCCAUCCGCAUCACUCCUUAUCCAGCCGGCCAUGUCCUAGGAGCGGCCAUGUUCCUCAUCGAAAUUGCCGGUCUCAACAUCUUCUUCACUGGUGAUUACUCCCGUGAGCAGGAUCGCCAUCUUGUUUCAGCAGAGGUCCCCAAGGGCCUCAAGAUUGACGUCCUCAUCACCGAGUCAACAUACGGCAUAGCAUCACACGUGCCACGACUUGAACGAGAGCAGGCCCUCAUGAAAUCCAUCACGGGAAUCCUCAACCGAGGUGGCCGAGCGCUGCUGCCUGUCUUUGCCCUUGGGCGAGCCCAGGAGCUUCUCCUGAUCCUGGACGAGUACUGGGGCAAACAUCCGGAGUUCCAGAGGUUUCCCAUCUACUACGCCAGUAACCUUGCCCGAAAGUGUAUGGUCAUCUACCAGACAUAUGUCGGAGCUAUGAAUGACAACAUCAAGCGACUGUUUCGAGAGCGUAUGGCCGAGGCCGAAGCCAGCGGCGACGCAGCGGGCAAGAAUGGACCCUGGGAUUUCAAGUAUAUCCGUUCCCUCAAGAACCUUGACCGUUUCGACGAUGUCGGGGGCUGCGUCAUGCUUGCCAGUCCGGGUAUGCUUCAGAACGGAGUGAGCAGAGAGCUCUUUGAGCGCUGGGCGCCCAGCGAAAAGAACGGCGUCAUCAUCACUGGUUACAGUGUCGAAGGCACCAUGGCCCGGCAGAUCAUGCAGGAACCUGAUCAGAUCCAGGCCGUCAUGUCUCGCAGCAUCGCCGGCGCUCGUCGAGGCCCGGGAGCUGAUUCGGAAAAAGUGCUCAUUCCCCGGCGUUGCAGCGUUCAGGAGUACUCUUUCGCAGCUCACGUUGAUGGUGUCGAGAAUAGAGAGUUUAUCGAGGAGGUUGCGGCCCCUGUUGUUAUCCUGGUCCACGGUGAGCAGCACAACAUGAUGCGUCUCAAAUCAAAGCUCCUCUCCCUCAACGCCAGCAAAACCACAAAAGUCAAAGUCUACUCGCCUCGCAACUGCGAAGAACUCCGCAUCCCCUUCAAAGCCGACAAGACCGCCAAAGUCGUCGGCAAGCUCGCCUCCAUCCCUCCACCAAAGGACGUCGACGCCUCCGCGCCGCUCGUCACCGGCGUGCUCGUCCAGAACGACUUUAAGCUCUCCCUCAUGGCACCAGAGGACUUGCGCGAGUAUGCUGGGCUCAACACCACGACUAUUACGUGUAAGCAGCGUUUGACUCUGAGUGCUGCCGGGGUAGAUCUCGUGCGCUGGGCUCUGGAGGGCACGUUUGGAGCUGUGGAGGAACUUCCAGAGAUGCGCCGCGUCAAAAAUGGAAAGCUGGAUGGCGAAGAUGAGAAGAUGGCCGAAGACGCAGAUGAAGAAGUCGCCAACCUGGUGGCAGCCUAUCUAGUCAUGGGCUGCGUCUCAGUGCGAUAUCGCACCAACGGCGAGGUCGAGCUGGAGUGGGAGGGCAACAUGCUCAACGACGGCAUCGCCGACUCCGUCAUGGCGGUGCUGUUUUCCGUCGAGAGCUCGCCCGCCGCCGUCAAGCGCUCUUCCAACGGCAAGCACUCUCACUCGCACUCCCACGGCGAGUCUGAUGACAAGCUGCUCUACGCCGCUCAGCCCGACAGCAAGAACCCGCACGCUCACGUCUCCCCCGCCGACCGUCUCGAGCGCCUCAUGUGGUUCCUAGAAGCCCAAUUCGGCGCCGACAACGUCGCUCCCGUCGAAGACCCCAAGCUGCCACCCCUCCCCGCCGCCGCCAUCUCCCCCAAAGAGGAAAAGAAAGAAGAAGACGACGAUGAAGACAGCAAAGAGGGACUGAAAGAAGAAAACGCCAACGGCGAAGACGUCAAAUCCGAAGCCAUGGAUGUCGACGAGGACGCUGCCAAGCAGCAGCUGCAAGAGCGCCAGCACAAGGAAAUCGCGCGCCUCCACAAGAUCGGCAUCCCAGUCCCGGGAAUCUCGAUCAAAGUGGACAAGAUGACGGCGACGGUCUGGCUGGAGGAUCUCGAGGUGGAGUGCAACAACAAGGUGUUUGCGGACAGAGUGCGCGCUGUGGUUGAGCGAGCAGUCGAAGUCACCGCUCCGCUGUGGGGAUAA